AUGCUGGAAAAAUCGUUCAUGCUGUCGAAAUUCAGAGGUACCCUUCUGGGCGCCUUAGUAGGAGAUUGCUGUGGCGCUCCUUUCGAAGGUCAACCCAUGGACAGCGGUUCAAAAUUGAUUUUGAAGAAAAAUUUAGACAAACUCGAGGGACCCGCUUUUACUGCUCCCUACAAAAAGUAUACAGACGAUACGGCGAUGACCAUCCAAACAGCGAAGGCGUUUCUGGACCCAAAAGGAUACUCACAAAAGCUGUUAGCAAAGAACUACGUUGUGGAGUUUUUCAAAGAACCGAAUCGCGGCUAUGGUGCUGCGGUUGGAGAGGUUUUUCAAAAACUACGGCAGACGAAGUUGUCCGAUCCUACGGGUCCUGCUAUGGCCCAGUUCAAUGGUUCCGGAUCGUAUGGUAACGGCGCAGCAAUGAGAAUAUCGCCCGUUGCAUUGUUUUGCAGUAACAAGAGCACUGAAGAACUGCUGCGGUUAGUUAAGGAAACUUCCGCGGUAACUCACACCAACGUGCUCGGUGUGAACGGGGCCAUUCUGCAGGCUCUUGCCAUUCGACAGUGCUUGCAACUUAAUCCAAACGAACCAUUCUGCUGGAAAACAUUUCUCGGUGAACUGAAGAGUCACAUGAUCGAAGUGGAGAAAGAAAAUGAUCCUGAUCUCGAAGCAAAUCCAAAUGCGUAUGAGAUACAGCUACAGAACAUGGAAAGUUUGCUCGACAACCGAGUCGAGGCUUCGGACGAGAACGUGCUAAAUUUGCUAGGACACAGUGUGGCAGCAUUGUUCUCCGUCCCAACGGCUGUCUACUGUUUCCUGCGGCACACACAGGAUCUAUCGAAGGAAACGGAUAAAAAAUCAUUCCGUAACACGUUAGAGUACGCCAUCUCCCUUGGAGGAGAUUGUGAUACGAUCGGGAGCAUGGCUUGCGCUAUGAGUGGUGCUUACUUUGGCGAGUCCGCCAUCUCACCCGCUUUGCUGAAGCACUGCGAAAGUGCGGACAGUGUAGGCUCGCUUGCGGACCAGCUGCACAAAAUUAUUGAAUAGUAACGGUUGUUCCGACUGAAUCAGCUUGAAAUUAUUGUCAGCUACUAAUCUGGCGAUCAAGACCAAUGAGAUAGAUCCACAUGAUUGGCAAAUAAAGGCGAAAUCUAAUUCGCAUA